GUAAAUACAGUACAUACCUAUUCUAUUUAUGGAACCAAAUCCUUUUACGGUCUGUAAAUACUGUUUAUGUAACCUAAUUCUUUUUACAUGUAACCUUACUGUUUUCCAUUCAUCAUAGACACCCUUAACUGAGGACUCUCAGCCAGUACACGGUUCCGGAAGUGCAGCGCUUUCUUCUACUCCAACUGCACCACCUGCUGCCGAAUCAACAGUUCAUUCUCGAAAUAAGAAAAAAAAAGUUCCGCCAGAUCCUACUGGACAACUAGUGGGACUGGCUAGAGUAUUUUAAGCGGCCUGAGACCGAAGAGGACAUACUAGCUAAAGGCUGGGCAAUGAAAUUGAAAAAGUUACGUCCAGAUCAAAGACGCUUUGCAGAAAAAAUCAUCAAUGAUGUGCUUUUUGAAGCAGAAAUGCGCACCUUGACAAGGGACGGAGUACGUUUUGUUUCGCACCUACUUUGGACACCUUCGCCGUCCUCAUCGUCACCCUCACAAACAACUUAUCACAAUUAUCCUAUGUCCUCUAACCUACCAUACAACAUGCCUUCAGCACAAACAAAUUACAGUGCAUCUUCAAGUGGGACCCCCACUCCCAACGGAACGUUCCCAGCAACACCCAUUGAAGAAAAUUCGAAGGAAACGAAUGCAGCAGAAUUUAUCUCAAAUUUUUCUUCAAUGUAAAAUUAUGUUAUUAUGUAUUCUAGUUUUCAUUGUAACAGGAAGGUGCCUACUUUUUCUUUAGUAC